AUGACAUCUAAAAUUGAUCGAGCUUCAUUUUCUGCUUCAUCUGCUGCUCUACUUGCUAUACCAUAUUCUGUAACACCUGGUGAAUCACGUAAUUUUGAUUUAACUACAUCAUCUUAUAUAACUUCAACUGGUUCUAGUACGGAUCCACCUUAUUUAUAUAGUCAAUUAAAAAGUAUAGAAUGGAUUCAACGUUAUGGUCUUAAAUCACAAAAAUUAUCUUUUGAUCAGAUUCUUCAACAGAUUGGAUUCAAACGUGUUGAAAGCUUUGAUCCAGUAAUCGGUAAAACUAUUACCGCUAAAUAUGCUGGUAAUCUUUAUCAUGAAGUACAACAAGAUAACGGUGACCGAUAUGUUUUAACAUGCCGACCAGAAAAAUUACGUGAAUAUCAUCAUCGUUUAAUACGAUUGUUAAAUUUAUUACGAAAACGUUUAUUAUUUAUAACCAAUGGAUCACGUCGUCUAUUUGGAAUAAUUGGUGAACCAACUGUAUGUCUUGUAUGUGACUGUAAAACAUUCGAUCAUCGAAUAUUUAAUCAAUUUCAAGUGUCUUUAACAAAUUUACUUAAAGAACAAAUUAAUAAAAUAAAAAAAUUUAAUAUUAUUUGGAUUUCAAAUGAUAAUGAACAAUUUCGAGAACAACCUGUCGAUGCUAAUGCAUCAAAUAUUGAUCAAGCCAUCGAUUGGAUAUGUGAUCGAAAAUGUGCUCGAAAUAAAAUAUCCGUAAGCGCAACAUGUGAAGCCGUUCUCAAAGCAUUUAAUAAUAAUGUUCAUAGUAUUUAUUUGAUCAGUGAAGGUGAUUCAUCUGAUUUAGCUCGUGAAAUGUUACGCGAUAAUAUAGUUAAAACACGUCUUUCAUCAACUUCUCCAAUACCUCUUCAUGUUGUUUCAUUAUUUUGUAAUAAUAAUGAUACACAAAUAUUUCUUCGUUCAAUUGCACAAAGUGCUGAUGGAAGUUAUUUUUGUUAUAAAAUUAAAAAUGAAAUAUCUGAUUUAAAAGCUCCAUCGAAUUUAAAUGAUCCAACACGAAUUAAAUUACAAGAUGAUAAAUUACAAGUUGGUACAAAUGCUUUAACACCUCUACCUGAAUAUCCGCUUGAUAUAACAAUAAUGUAUAAAGAAAUAAUUGAAUGUCAAAAUGUCGUUGAUCGAAUAGAAAAAAUUCUUGGAUUUAUAAAAGAUGAAAGUCAAACUCCAAUCAAAUCAUUGGAUUGUAAAAGAAAAUUUUUUUUUUUUCGUUUUUCAAAUGAACUAAAUGAAUUCUUUUUAGCAACAAAAUCAAUAGGAGCCUUUAAUGUAUCUGGUGAUAGUAAUUUUCAACGUAGCCUUGUUGUUCAAUCAUCUGCUUUGUUUAAUAAUGAAGAAAAAGAUAUAACAUCAGCAGAUUGGUUAAAAAUUUAUGGAAUAGAUGCACAAAAACUUGACUUUUUUUCUGUUCUUCAAGCAGCAGCAUUUCGACAUUGUGAUGGAGUAGUUAAAUUACUAAAACCACCAGAGAAUGCUGAUGAUUUAACUGCGAGUACUCCAGCUAAUCCUCAAGAUAAAUUGGUAAAUGCAAUAUAUUGUGAUGAAUUUGCUCAUGUCACUUGGCCAGAUGGGACCAUUCGACAUGUUCAUGUUACACCAGAACUAUAUCGGGAUUAUGAAAGACGAAUACGAGCUUUACUUGAAAAAAUUAAAGCAAGAUUAGCAUGGUUAAAGAAAGGCAGUCGAGAUCUAUUUGGUGCUGUUUUGGAAAAUAAUAUCUAUGUUUUAAUUGAUACAUCACAAAGUAUGCAACAUCAUUUAAGUUUUGUUAAAGAAAAACUUCGUUUACUUAUACAAGAUCAAUUAUUUGCUAAAGAACGUAUUAAUGUAGUUGCAUUUAAUUCUGUAAUUAAUCCAUGGCGUGAUCGUUUAACAAAAAUUAAUGACUCAACAACAUAUUCUCAACUUCAACCAUGGAUUGAUGGACUUAAUGCUGAAGGAUCAACAAAUACAUUAGGUGCACUUCGUUUUGCACUUGCUGAUCCAGCUACUGAAGCUAUUUAUCUUUUAACUGAUGGCCGACCUGAUCAAAAAGAACGACAUAUUCUUUCACAAGUUCAAUAUCGUCAAACAGUUCCAAUACAUACAAUAGCUUUUAAUUGUAAUGAUCAAACAGCAAAUCAAUUUCUUUUUGAUUUAGCUAAACAAACAGGUGGACGUUUCCAUACAUUUAAUUAUGGAUUUGAAAAGCAAUCUUCAAUUGAAAUACCUGAGAGUGAAGAUGUUGGUAGUCUUAAAAAUGAAUUAGUACGUGGUGAAAAAGAAUUAGAACGUAUAGCUGGUCUUCGUGAUGAAUGUUUGGGUCGAGCAUGGGCACGUGAAAGUAUACAACCAAAAAUAUCAAAAUCUAAAAGUCAACAAAUUAAUAAUAAUGAUAAAUCUGUGUCACUUCCAGUUAAAAGUCAAAGUACACUUGAUCCUAUAUUUCGACCAAAAAGUGGUAAGCGAAAUUCAUUGUUUAAUAGAAGAUUUGUCAAUUAUUAA